AUGGGUCAUGUUCAGCAUUUGGCUCGUGGGAUUGGGCUGCUGGAUCAGCGCGAGCACGAGGAUUGCUUCUCCCCGAUUCCGCAUGUCGUCGUCCCUUCUAGGGUGCCAACGGAACAUUUUGAGGCACACGGACCCCCCACCGUAUCGACCGUAUCUUGGAUAGACCGUCAGCGUCAACCCGAAGGGGACGGCUUCUUCGUUCUUACGAUCACGGUAUUCAACCAGACCAGCAACGAAACGGAGACGACAGUCUGGACCAUCAGGGACUAUAAGCAUUGUUUUAAAUUCCUUACCCUUGAACGAAAUGCCUUCCGCCUUCGGGAGACCAACAAGAACAGUUUUCUGGCUUUUUUGGGCGCUACGACUAGACAGGAGAGCCCCGGUGCAAUCCUUGGCAACUUGGAUGUCCAGAAUGUUCUCAAAGAGAUCUUUUACUGCGUUUGUGGUGAGGCCAAGUACAAGCAGGCGGAGAAUGACGGAGAGCGCAUCCUUGAUGACGCCUAA